CUCCAAACCCACUUCACCACACCACACUUCACUCCCAAUAUGGCUUCCAUCACCACCUCUUCCUUCCUCUUCCAAAAGCCAACCCCCUCCUUCAAUGUCACGCGCGCCCUGCGCCCUCUCCCUCACGCGCCGCGCGCCUCCAUGUCCGCGGCGGCGUCACCGCCACCGCCCUACGACCUGGGGUCCUUCAAGUUCGCCCCUAUCAAGGAGUCGAUGGUGGCACGCGAGAUGACCCGCAGGUACAUGACCGACAUGGUCACCCACGCCGACACCGAUGUUGUCAUUGUCGGCGCUGGCUCCGCCGGACUCUCCUGCGCCUACGAACUCUCCAAAAACCCCUCCGUCAAAGUUGCUAUUGUCGAGCAGUCCGUCAGCCCCGGCGGCGGCGCGUGGCUCGGGGGUCAACUCUUCUCUGCCAUGGUAGUGCGUAAGCCUGCAAAUCUUUUCCUUGAUGAGCUGGGUCUUGAGUAUGACGAACAAGACAACUAUGUAGUGAUGAAGCAUGCUGCAUUGUUCACUUCCACCAUCAUGAGCAAGCUCUUGGCGAGGCCAAACGUGAAGCUUUUCAAUGCAGUGGCAGCUGAGGAUUUGAUUGUGAAGAAUGGAAGAGUUGGUGGGGUUGUGACGAAUUGGGCCUUGGUUUCCAUGAACCAUGACACCCAAUCAUGCAUGGACCCCAACGUGAUGGAGGCCAAAGUGGUUGUGAGCUCUUGUGGCCAUGAUGGGCCCUUUGGGGCCACUGGGGUGAAGAGGCUCAAGAGCAUUGGGCUCAUUGACACUGUCCCCGGAAUGAAGGCCCUUGACAUGAACAAGGCAGAGGAUGCUAUUGUGAGACUCACUAGAGAGGUUGUGCCUGGCAUGAUUGUUACUGGCAUGGAGGUUGCUGAGAUUGAUGGUGCUCCUAGAAUGGGUCCAACAUUUGGAGCAAUGAUGAUAUCAGGGCAGAAAGCAGCUCAUCUGGCUUUGAGAGCAUUGGGACUUCCCAAUUCUUUGGAUUAUGCAGGAAAUGUUCAUCCUGAGCUUAUCCUAGCUGCUGCUGAUCAAUCUGCUGAAAUUGCUGAGGCUUAAUUAAUGUUGCAUUAGUUGAUUGUAGCAAUGGUUGCAACCAAAAAUAAUACUUGUACUUAGGGAAUUAAACUUUGAAGGUAAUGGUAAUGAUGGUGCAUGGAGUGUAGUGGUUGAUCUCUUAAUGUGACUGUAUGAGGUUCUGUUAAUAACAUGAAUGGCUUUGCCAACUCCUUUAAA